UCACAUGCACGGAUGUCUUCAUUCAUAGCCAGCGUGGAAACAGGCAGACCGACGUUAGUGGAUCAGAGUUCGGCUGUAACACGGAGGAUUCCCCCCCAGUAUGGAUCUAAUCUCUGCGGAUUAUAAUGUCGACAACGACGGACAGAGGGAUCCGGGAAUCGCGCUUGUUGACGGGGGAAAGCUCCGCGGCUCCUCCGGCAGCAACAAGCAGGAAGAAGGGACACCAUGAGAGGGUUUAGGUCGGAGGAGGAUUGGCUAGGGCUCAAAGUGAGCUGAAACUUGACGUGCCAUGGGGAACUCCCUUCUUCGUCUUGAAAACUACAACAGCUGUUUUCAGGUUUCAGCAUGAUUGAACAAGUUUGAACAUGUUGUCUUCCACUCUCCUGUGUUUCCUGCUCUUCCUGCCACUCUCUGAAGCCCUAAAGGGAACAAGGAUUACUUCCAAACUAAUCCUGUUAACGGUGAAGCCCGAGCAGGAUGUUACUCUCGAGUGUCGGGCUCUCUCAGACGGCGCCGUCACUCUGCUGCAGUGGAACAGACGCGACCUGAAGGACAGCGACUACGUCUUCUUCUACAGAAACCGGCAAGCUUAUGAGAGGUACCAGCACCCGCGUUACCGGGGCCGGGUGGAGCUGAGAGACCCGGAGAUGAGGAACGGAGACGUCUCCGUUGUUUUGAAGAACGUCAGCGUCACCGACACCGGGACGUACAACUGCAGAGUCAUAACAACUGUUGGCAACGAGACGAAGCGCUUGGAGAGCAGGCAGCUCAUCAACCUGACCGUCACCGACUCCGAUCCCACAUCUGGACAGGAGGUUGAACAUCCUGGACACAUGGUCGGUGUGUCAGUUGCUGUAGGCCUUCUUGUUAUUGUUCUUCUUUCUUCUGUUCUGUGUUUUAUCAUGUAUAAACGGCGUACGGUCCCAGAGAGAAUCCUUCAUACAAAUGAAUCCGGCUGAUAAAAACACCAAGGUGAUCUGAGUGUCUGAGUCCUCCUGCUGAAGGAAUCAACGGUCUAGAAACGACAAAUCUGUUUUGAUAAGAGUUAAGCUUGUCGAAGUCAUACGCAGCCGUUAGCACGCUCAUAUCAGCGUUUUUGAUUUUCAUAAUAUCGCAUUGCACCUUUUGACAUUCAAAUCUUCAGCAAAUAAAAACCGAAAUAUAUUCUAUGAUCUGUUACUAAAGCUUGUUAGCUUGUUAAGCUUGUUUCACUCACAAAGAUGUAAAUUGUAAUGUUGAUCAUACAGCUAAUUGAAUGUAUGGAUGUGUCAUAUCUCUGUAUGACUUCUUUAGGUUUCACUUUCUGCACUUUAAUGUUUCUAUGUUCUCAUGUUGCACAGCACUUUAUUUCACCUCUUGAGUUUUAUUCAGUUAAUAAAUAAGUUACUAUUAAAAACGUUUUUUUUUUUUUUUUUAAUGAAGUGGUUGUUCUGGAUCAAUGCUGCCCAAUUUGGGGCCUGCGGGUCAAGUUUGACCCGUCAUGACAUUUGACAUUCUUAUUCCCCUCUUAUUUUCUGUCAACGUGUAUAAAACCCUCCACAGAAACCCCUUGUGCUCAGAGAUUCCUGUGAGUUUGUGUCUCCCACUGCGCGGAGAAUCAAACUUGUCUGAAUCAGCCUCUUCAUUGGACCUGAGAGAAGUUUUUCUUCCCCAGACUCCGUGUCUGUGAAACAAGGUUAAAGUUUAAGAAGAUGAUGAGCCGAACACGUGCUGCUGUCUUUAACCUCUGCAAAAUGAGAGGAAAUGAGUCACAAAGCAUUGAGCGUUGUUCAUAAACAUGCCGAAACGUCUGAUGUGGUUUCUGCGGGAGCGUGCCCAUGUUCCCACAUUUCUAAGAAAUUGUUUUCACUGAAAAUUAGGCCCCAUGUUCCCACAUUUCUAAAACCUUUUUCAAAGUUAGGCCCUAUGUUCCCACAUUUCUAAAACCUUUUUCAAAG